AUGACGAAAGGGAAACAACAUCUAGAGAUUUCAAUGUUCGGCUUCAUGCACGACAAGCGCUCCAAGGGCAAGGAGGUUGCUGGGGGUAGCGCCUCCCAGAGGCAUCAGGGGAGGCUGAUGAAUAUCGGCCAUUUCCAUAAAUCGAUAUGUCCAACCCACUUCUACAAGGUGAUUUUAGCACCUGGGUUGGAGCUAUUACCGAUCCCCGACAGCUUCAAUAAACACAUGGGCACAAUCCCACAGGAGACUAAACUCAAGAAGAACACUGGUUGCACCAGGAAGGUCGAACUUUGGGAGAUCAACGGGAGGCUAGCCAUGGAUGAGGGGUGGGCCGGCUUUGCCAUUGCUCACAAGCUCCAGAUCGGCUACCUCAUCAUCUUCAAGGUGUUGAUCGAGGACACCUUCAGGAUCAUUGUCAUCGACCUUUCCAUCGCAGAGGUGGUGGCCAAGUGCCAGAGCACAACAAAGCACUUAUCUUGA